AUGGCCGGCAAGAGAGGGAUCGGAACUCGCCAUGGUCGAGAUGCCGAAACUAAGAAGGGAGAGUCUCAUGAUUUGCGAAAAGAUCUAGAAGCUGGAGGGGGAAACGGAUAUGACCGUUCGAACAGGAAUGGAACCCGAAAAAGGCCAUCGAAGGCGAAGGACCCAAUCUACCGGUUUCGAGACAACGCAAAUCUAGAUGUCGAUGACCAAAGACGGGUAGAGUUCAAAAAAAAGCUACUAGCAGCCAUCGAUCAGGACAAGCUGGAGAACUUCCGGAAAUCAGAAGAAGAGAUCGAGAAAUUCAAGAGCAAGGGUGUUCGCACCUUUUACACGACCCAGAAUGACCGCCUAGACGACUGGCUGGAAGUUGAUGCUAUCGUGAAGGCUGUUUCGGACGACAUUUUGGAGUCUUUUGACCCUCGUGAUGAUAACGGUGAUGGCGUCGCUGAAAGUGGCGGCGGGCUGCAAGACACUGGGGGUGCAAUCGAGCCUUUCCUUCCUGAAGACGAGCGAGAGAAACGCAGAGCUGCUGCAAAGAAGGCAACGUGGGCUAUCAACAUUAACGUCGUUGCAAACAUUGUUUUGCUCAUCGCCAAGAGCGUUGCAGCUCUCUCCUCGAGUUCCCUUUCUCUCAUCGCAAGUCUUGUAGACUCGGCUCUUGAUUUGCUGUGUACCGGAAUAGUAUUUACGACAAGCAAGCUGGUCCAAUGGAAGAUUGGACGCCUGAAGCGAAAAUUCCCCGUUGGCAGAAGAAGGCUCGAACCGCUUGGAAUUCUUGUUUUCAGUAUUCUGAUGAUCAUUUCUUUUCUGAAAAUCCUGGAGGAGUCUAUCAAUAAGCUCAGAGCACCCGGGCCGCACAAAGCUAGUCCUCUGCCUCCAGUUGCGAUAGCCGCUCAGGUAGCGACGAUUGUGGUGAAGGGAAUCAUUGGUAUCGGAUGCUCACGCAUCAAGACAUCGACGCAAGUGCAGGCUUUGUGGCAAGACUGCAAAACUGAUGUUGUCUUCAACACCCUCUCUCUGAUAUUUCCAACUCUCGGCUAUGCCACGAACACCUGGUGGCUCGAUCCUGCCGGUGCCGGUCUCCUGUCACUCUACAUUAUCUACGACUGGGCUUCUACGUGUUUCGAAAAUGUCAGCCGUCUCACAGGUGCCGCAGUUGAGGAUCGCGUCAUGGAGAAACUCACGUUCCUCGCCUGGCGCUUCAGUCCUUUGGUACAAGGCUACAAGAGUAUCAUAGCCUACCAUGCUGGCGAUGGGAUCUGGGUCGAGAUUGACAUCUUGCUUGACGAGAAGACGAGUUUGGAGGUAUGCCAUGAUGUUGCCGAGACAUUGCAAUAUUGUGCUGAAGCCAUGCCUGAGGUGGAUCGGGCUUUUGUCAGUUGUGACUACACCAGUCAGGGGCCGACUGGACAUGUUGACGAUGACCAAUAA